AUGGUCGCUCCGGCCACGCUGGAGCCCAUGAAUGCUUCUCCUCACCAUGCAAAGGUCAAAGUAUCCCUUACACUCUCGGAUUCUAUGUUUCUCGCAGGGCGCAGUGUCACGGGCAAGAUGGAAAUGGAAUGCAAAGCCGACAAAGGUCUUGGUAUCGGCGUGAUAAUGGUCGAGCUGGUCGCAGUAGAAGAACUUACGUCGCGCGAUCAUUCGGCAACAUCGAUGUUCUUGCAUAGUAGACGUCUCUUCCAAGGGCCGGGACUUCCGCCCUCCAAUGCAGUUCAGGCUUAUCCAAACCCUGGCGACCCUUCGUUUCCUGCUCAUUACUACCCAGCACGGCGCGGGAUCUCUACUUUCUUCUUCAAACUUCCUCUACCAGAAUCAUCUCCAUCGGCCAUUGAUUUCGGAUCCGGCCUGGCGCAAGUGAGAUAUGAGGUGCGUGCGACUGCAGCAGUCGCAUGGAAGGGCGAAAAUAAGUUAGUAUUCAACAAAAGGGGAGUCGAUGUGGUCGAGAGCUUUGAAGAAGACUUUUCGAGGGUGGAUCAGGAAGCUGUCGUCGUGGGUGAGAACGGGAAGAUAUGGAUCCAGGGUAGAGUUGUCGGCGGUUUCAUGGUUGCUGGACAGCCUGGCUGCAUCGAACUACAAGUCAAGAAUCACUCUGCUAAAAAGAAUACGGGUCUUUCGGUGUCUCUGAUCAGGGAACUGUUUUUACCCAAUCAGCCUAUCGCCCAGAAGCAAAUUCUCCAAAUUUCUGAUACGCUGACAUCGGUGUCGUUUCGUGGCCCUGAAUACGUCAUCAGUCCCGGCGCAGAGGGUGUUGCCAAUCUUGUCUUCGACCUGCCUCAUAAUGCUAGAGGUGUCAAAGGUGGAACUCGUUCUGGAAACGAGGAAGAUGAUAGGACGGUCGAUCCACUUUUUGAGGUCAGGUGUACAAUCCUUGUGAAGUUGACGAUGGGCAUCGGCAGCAAAGAUAUCGUUUUGCGCCUUCCAGUAGCAGUGCUACAUCCGAUAGCUGUACCCGACGUCGAUCCGUAUCUGGCGCUUCCCAAUCCACAUAUCGCUCCUACGUAUGGUCUAACAACCGCGAUGGCGUAUUCCCCUCCGGUAUCACCCGCUCCUGCACAAAUCAUGAGUAGAUCACUCAGUCCAGCAGCUCCAGGUUUCCCGCCCGUAUCACCUCUUCCCUACAUUGACCAAGGUCAAGUGUGGCUACCGCCACCCAUUUAUCCAGUGUAUCAUACAACCCCCCCAGCACCCUUUACCCAGCCCAUGUCUUAUCAUUAUUACCACAAUGUAAUACCGUCACAGUCACUGGUUGCACCAUGGGUAUCCCCUCCACGACCUUCAAGUGCGGAGCCAAUACCCUCACAGCCGCUCUAUGGCUUGCAGUCUCAUCUCCCUCCUGUUCCUCCUAUGCAGCCCUUGCUUCCUCUGUCAACUGGGACAGAGCAUAUAGCGGAGCGCGAAGAAGGGAAAGGUGAACGUGCAUCACGCAUUGCACUCCACCUGCGUAUGUCCUCGCGCCAUCGGUCGGCCUCGCCGCCUGCACACCGCUACUCGAUGCCAACUGCGACAGAGCCUUUCGCACCUCUUGCGCCCACUACACAUACAUCGUCAUUGCCCAUUCCUGUUAACAUUCUAGAGGAAGUUGCAAAUCUUAGCUCUACUUCUUCUCCACGAACACAGCGCCACCGCUUGUCACCGUUGGACGUAUCAGUUUCUCCAGCGCGCUCUCAGGACUCGAUUGCCUCGCCGCGUCCGAUGCUUUCCCCCCAACACUCGUUCUCGGGCGACCCGUUUGAUCAAGUCACACAGGUUGAACAAUUGGAGCGCGUUGCGGCGCAGGCCGAUAGCGCGAGCCCAAACAUGUCUGUUCCCGGUCGCGCAUUGAGUCUAGAUGCAGACGUACAAGACAAGACGUUACCUCGCAUUCCUGAUGGCACGCAUAGGACUAGUCCCGCUAUUGAUGCGCUCUUCCACAUCGAUGACAUACAUCCAAAGGACACCCCGCCAACACCUACACUUGCAGCAAUAACAUCUCUCAAGGUGCCGCGUGCUGCCGGUUUGGGUGUGGGGCUCAGUGGGCUGGAUGCGCUUGAGGCGAAGCUGUUGGCAGAAGUAGGGACGCGGAAGCAGGAUAAACCGGCACGACCAGACGUACGAUCUGUGCUGCCAAUUGCAAUUCCUCGAGGAACGGACGGCGAUCCUGCGAACGAUUCAGCGAUUUCAAGUCUAACCUUACCCGGCUUGGACGCGGAUGCGAAGACGUUACGACUGGGGCGGACGAGUCAUUCACCCGAUCAGGGACAACGGGAGCUAGAUGACGACAGAACCUCGACUGGUGGGCGGCGCGGCCGAGAUAAUAAGAGGAGCAAGGGGGCGGGAACAGUUAGCAUGCGCAGCCCUAACGAUAAGGAGAACGCAAGUAGCAAGAGAAGUGGACAGCGAGUUGCUACGACGAAAGAUGAGGAGAUACAUCGAUUGAAGAAGUCUGCUCAGGGAAGGGUAGCAGCGUGGCUGGGAUGCAUAGAUCCUGACAUUCCGCCGCAAUCUGGCACGCCGCCUUCGGCAAGCCCUCGCGGAGGUGAGGCUGGUAUUGAUGAUAUCGCGCCAAUAAAUGCGCCGAAUCAAGUGGAAGCAUCGCUUGGGAGCUUCCAACUCCAGGCUGCUAGUAUGGCGGACCCACCUCCUAUUGCCCUUUCCUCAAGUGAAGUCAAAGAGGUAGCCAAGCAUAUCGAAGAGCCAGCUCUUUCUCAGAACACGCCUAGGCCUGGUCCCAUUCCUGACGUCUCAGCUCUACCGAACCCUCGAUCCUCUGGAUUCGUGCCAAUUGGUACGCUACAGGUCAAUCGAUCUCAGAUAGCUAUCUCAACCAAGUCCGGCGCUGACCCGAAGGAUCUCGGAAGAGUAAAGCCAUCGACUCGAUUGGCAGUAUAUCCCCCUCAUCCUGUCGAUUCGGGUGUGCGGUACGAUGUGCGUUCUGCUCGCGGCGGAAAAGGCGGUAAGGUAACCUCGGUAGCAGCAAUAUGGGCGUCAGCUGCAGAGUCAACCUCCAAGACAGAUAAAAGCAAUAAACCGACUCCCCGCAAGCGUCUAGAGCCUACGCCUUUCGAAGACGCCAGGUCAGGCAAAACGAUUUCUAAGUCGGCCAGCCAGUCCCCCAAGCCUCCUAUGAAGCCCGCCGCUUCUGCUGUGAGUGUUCCAAAGAUACCACAGCCAGCGACCAAAUCGUCGAAUAUUGCCCUCCCGCCCGCUGGUGACAUCGCCGCCAAACGUGCGAGAAUGGUUAAAUCCUCUUCUGUACCUGCCAUCAUUUCCUCCUCCCUUGCUACCCCUAUGUUGUCUUCGACUGCUUCCUUGGCUCGACCUACACCUCGUCUGAAGGAACGAAACAACAAGAUCAAUGUAUCACUAACGCCAUUAGCCUCGGAAGACAAACCAGAUGCAAAUCUGGUGAAAUCUCAGGGCGAGCUAGCUUUUGGUCAAGCCCGGCUGAGAGAGCUUAUCAAGCGUUACCAAGGACAGCCGAAUAAUUGA